AUGGCCUAUGAUAAUAAUUCAGAUGCAGAGGAAUUAAUAGAUGCAGGGGAAGAUAUAAAAGAGACAUAUGAAAUAUUCAAAACACAAGGAGUGAGUGGAUUUUCCAAACAUGUCAUGCAUGAUCUUAGUAAAUGGAAACAUGUGAAGAUAAAAAUUGCAGUAACUGGAAACAGUGGCGCCGGUAAAUCUAGCUUAAUCAAUGCUUUACGAGGUAUCCCUCAAUGGGACCCGAAUGCAGCAAAGGAAGGAGUUAAAGAGACAACAACAAGAAAGACUUCAUAUAGUUUUCCGGGUAAUGAUCAAAUAGAACUCUAUGAUAUUCCUGGUGUAGGAACUGUGGAACACCCGAUUGAGUCAUACAUGCAAGAAAUGAAUUUUGAACAGUAUGAUUUUAUUCUGAUCGUGUCUUCUGAGCGGUUUUCGCAAAACGAUGCAUUGAUAAUUAAGGAAUUGGAACACUUGCAAAAGCCAUUUUAUCUUGUGCGGUCCAAAAUUGCUUCGGAGGUUGAAAAUCAAAAGUUUACUCAAACAAGAGAUGAGGUCCUCAAAGUCAUUUAUUGUGACUGUAAAUCAAAUCUACAAAAGUUGAGUGUUAAAGAAAUACGUGUGUUUCUGAUAGACAGUCAUGUACACCAAGACUUUGACCUCGAAAAACUACAAAUGGCUCUUAUAAACGAUGCCCCUGCCGCAUGUAGGUCUGCUUUUAUCUUAACUUUUGGAAGUAUGACGAAAGAUAUCAUUGGGAAAAAAGUUAAAGUCUUAAAGCGACGAGCGGUUAGAGUAGCAUUUCAUGCAAUUGUAUCUGCACUGCCAGGAGCAAAUUAUUUCAUGAACGAGAAUGUUUUAAAGGACGAAAUAUCUUUUUAUAAAAUAGAACUUGGUCUUGAUGACGAGGCUCUCGGCAAAACGUGCAAGGAUCUUGAUGUUGAUAGGGCAAUAUUGGAGGAAAUGAUAGCGUUUUGCGAUUUUGUUCUUUAUCCAGAAAGGGCUAUAGAGUACAUCAAAAACGUACAAGAAAGUUUGGACAAUUCACCACCUUAUUUUAUCAAUCUAAUACGUAGUAUUGAACGCGCAUUACCUGGUUUUAUAAGCUCCUAUCCCAAGGUAUAUUGCGGUCUUUUAGAUAUCAUAGAUACCUUGCAGAAAGAUUCACUUAAAGUAAGUGAUAAUGUCCUUGAAAAAAUACGUGGUUCGUCUUUUAUUUGA